AUGGAUGGACUGGUGAGAGAAUCCGAAAACGAGUCCUUGAUUCUAGGUCCUUCAGCAAGUUCUUUGCCCCAGGACCCAUUCCUGCACCCUAUGGACUUCAUUGAGCCGUGGAAUUUCCAGCUUCUUUCUGCUCUGAUGUUCUUGGUGACUGCCCUGUCUCUCUCUGAAAAUUUUACUGUCAUCCUGGUGACUGUGAAAUUCAAACAGCUGAGACAGCCGGUCAACUAUGUCAUAGUGAACUUGUCUGUGGCUGAUUUCCUGGUCUCUCUGAUUGGAGGUACCAUCAGCUUUUUAACCAAUCUGAAGGGUUAUUUUUAUAUGGGCCGCUGGGCAUGUGUGCUGGAGGGAUUUGCAGUGACUUUCUUUGGGAUUGUUGCUCUCUGGUCCCUUGCUCUGCUUGCAUUUGAGCGCUACUUUGUAAUUUGUCGCCCCUUGGGAAACAUGCGCCUCCGAGGGAAGCAUGCGGCUCUGGGCAUAGCCUUUGUGUGGGUCUUCUCCUUCAUCUGGACCAUCCCUCCUACAAUGGGAUGGAGCAGCUACACAACUAGCAAGAUCGGAACGACCUGCGAACCCAACUGGUAUUCUAGAGACUACAAUGACCACACUUUCAUUAUUACAUUCUUCACCACCUGUUUCAUAUUACCAUUGUUGGUGAUUUUGGUCUCCUAUGGAAAAUUAAUGCGGAAGCUUAAGAAGGUUUCAAACACUCAAGGCAGAUUAGGUUCCUCAAGGAAGCCUGAAAGACAAGUUACUCGAAUGGUUGUUAUUAUGAUCCUUGCGUUUUUAAUCUGCUGGUCUCCAUAUGCAGCUUUCUCCAUCCUAGUCACAGCCUGUCCUUCUAUUGAACUGGACGCCCAUCUUGCUGCAGUCCCAGCUUUCUUUUCCAAAACAGCUACGGUGUAUAAUCCAAUUAUCUAUGUCUUUAUGAACAAUCAGUUCCGGAGGUGUCUAAUCCAGCUGUUCCGGUGCAGUGACCGAGAUGUUACAGUUUCCAAUGUGAAUCCCAUUUCAGAUAGGGCAACACUGACACACAACAAAAAUUGUGGAGAGAUGCCCACUUUAGCCGGGCAACUUACUGUUUUUGACCAGAGAAGUGAAGACGAACACAGCAGCUGCCGUUCUUUUGCCCAGCUGGCCAUUUCAGAAAACAAAGUCUGUCCACUGUGA